AAAAUCUUGCUUAGUAAUUCAAUGCUUCGAGGAUAAGGAAGCCGCACCAAUUCCUACAGAGAUUUCUUUGAUAUAUAUGUCACAAACUAGUUAAAGUUUAUGGGAAUAAGGCCUUAGGCACGACCCUUUUGAUAGUUUUUGGCUUAAGAUCAGAUCAGGUGCAUUUCAAGACUACCAUCUCUUGCUUGGCAUCUCUUUCUGGUGGAGGAGGGGGCAGCUCUGGUGUCGGUGCUGUAGAAGAUAUCUAGAGAUGGGACCUGGAGGUCCAGGAGGAGGUCCAGGAGGAGGACCUGGUGGACCUGGUGGCUGGGGUCCUGGAGGACCGGGCGGACCAGGUGGCUGGGGUCCUGGUCCCGGAGGACCUGGUGGCUGGGGUCCUGGUCCCGGAGGACCUGGUGGCUGGCCUGGAGGUCCUGGUGGCUGGCCUGGAGGUCCUGGAUUUUGGCCUGGACCUGGUGGCUUCUUUGGUGGAUUUGCUGAUGGUUUAUGCAGCAUGAUCUCUUCGUGCUUCUACUGCCUAUGCUGUUGUUGGUUGCUGCAAGAUUGCUUUGGUGGACCCCGCGGCCCAUAUGGCCCUCCCGGCGGGGGCCUCCACCUUUCUGAUCGGUUUCAUUUUGCUGUACUGAAAUGGUCUCUGUUUCGUUGGAGUCAUAUAAUAAUGGUUGGUUGUAUCCAUGAUAUAUUAUUGAAAUGCUGACUCGGUUUGCUGCUGCGUUUCAUGCUUUAUUACCCUGGAAGGUUAAAAAGGGAAUUGGAGAUGUUUUUAAGGCA